CCUUUGAGCUUAAGAAUUGAUUCAGAAAACUGUAGGAAAUUGAGGAAAACUCGAGAAGAAAAUUCCAAUGAAAGUUUGUAAACAAACUGUGAGUUUUCCGCGAAAUACGAUAACAAUGGAACGUCCACCAGCUCCAGAAUCCCCCUUGAAAGCUCUCCUAGCUGCUCCAAUUGCUUCACGACCCGUUUCUAGGCCACAGACAAGCAUGCCACCACAGCUUAGCAUGGUGCCGCAGACGCCAAUCCCAUCUGGACCACAGGAAGCCAUCAAUUCUAUAAAAAUUCAAAACUGCGUGUCAACCGUGAACCUCAACUGUAUGCUGGAUUUGCAGAAAAUCAACUCCCGGACGCGGAAUUCCGAGUACAACCCCUCGAGAUUCCACGGAAUUGUCAUGCGCAUCCGGGAACCUCGGUGUACAGCUCUCAUUUUUCGUUCCGGGAAGAUGGUUUGCACGGGGGCACGCACAGAGUCUGCCUCGCACCUGGGAACACGAAAAUUUGCCCGGAUUAUCCAAAAGUUGGGCUUUCCCGUGCAAUUCCGGGACUUUAAGUUGCAAAAUCUCGUCGCAACGGUGGACCUUCGCUUCCCCAUUCGUCUGGAGAAUCUCAAUCAGAUGCACGGGCAGUUUAGUUCGUACGAACCUGAACUCUUUCCGGGACUCGUCUACAGGAUGGUGAAGCCGCGCGUGGUGCUCUUAAUCUUCGUCAAUGGGAAGAUUGUCUUCACGGGGGCCAAGUCGCGGCAGGAAAUUGCAGAGAGCUUGGAAAAUAUCUAUCCCAUCCUACAGAGUUUCCGGAAGAUUUAAUUCUUUGUUUUCUAUUUUUUUUUUACCCAAAAGACUGUGAUUAAAACACAUUUAAAAAUA